GUCGGUGAGAAGAGGCUCUUUAUUUAAGCCUUGUUCGUCACACGCCCAGAAAUCAAAGAACAAAGGCCGUUUCUCCGUCGUUCGACACUUCUCAUUUGAACAUCUAAAUCUACAGGGAGCUCUCACGUUCAGAUUAUCUCAGAGAACGAAAAAGUGCUUUUCUGUGUGCUUGUGUGACUGAAAGGUAGUGCCACGAUGGCUGGCUCUGCGAGAGCUGCUGGUGCUCUGGUUGUAUUAGCAAUCGUCACCUUCGGAUGUCUAUUCGCAAUUUCUAUUGCGAAAGAGGAGGCUACCAAGUUGGGAACUGUCAUUGGGAUAGACCUUGGAACAACGUACUCUUGUGUCGGUGUUUACAAGAAUGGCCAUGUUGAAAUAAUAGCCAAUGACCAAGGAAACCGGAUCACCCCAUCUUGGGUAGCUUUCACAGAGAGUGAGAGACUAAUCGGUGAGGCUGCAAAGAACCAGGCAGCUGUGAAUGCCGAAAGGACUGUCUUUGAUGUUAAGAGGCUUAUCGGGCGAAAGUUCCAGGACAAGGAGGUCCAAAAGGACAUGAAGCUUGUUCCGUAUAAGAUUGUGAACAAGGAUGGAAAACCUUAUAUCCAAGUGAACAUUAAGGAUGGAGAGACCAAGGUCUUCAGCCCUGAGGAAGUCAGUGCCAUGAUUUUGAUCAAGAUGAAGGAAACUGCUGAAGCAUUCCUUGGGAAGAAAAUCAAGGACGCCGUAGUUACAGUUCCUGCAUACUUCAAUGAUGCCCAGAGGCAAGCCACCAAGGAUGCUGGUGUAAUUGCAGGGCUCAAUGUUGCUAGAAUUAUCAACGAACCAACUGCUGCAGCUAUUGCCUAUGGGUUGGACAAGAAAGGCGGUGAGAAGAACAUUCUGGUCUUUGACCUUGGUGGUGGAACAUUUGAUGUCAGUAUCUUGACGAUUGACAAUGGUGUUUUUGAGGUUCUUUCUACCAAUGGAGACACCCACUUGGGAGGUGAGGAUUUUGACCAGAGGAUCAUGGAAUACUUCAUCAAAUUGAUCAAGAAAAAGCACAGUAAGGACAUCAGCAAGGACAACAGGGCCCUUGGUAAGCUAAGGAGAGAAGCUGAGCGUGCAAAGAGAGCUCUGAGUAGUCAGCACCAGGUUCGCGUGGAGAUUGAAUCGCUCUUUGAUGGUGUCGAUUUCUCUGAGCCACUGACCAGAGCUCGCUUUGAAGAGUUGAACAAUGAUUUGUUCAGAAAGACCAUGGGACCUGUGAAGAAGGCAAUGGAAGAUGCUGGAUUGGAGAAAAACCAGAUUGAUGAGAUCGUCCUUGUCGGUGGCAGCACCAGAAUUCCUAAGGUUCAGCAGUUAUUGAGGGACUACUUUGAUGGAAAGGAGCCUAACAAGGGUGUUAACCCUGAUGAGGCAGUUGCUUAUGGAGCUGCGGUACAAGGAGGCAUCUUGAGUGGAGAGGGUGGGGAUGAAACCAAAGAUAUCCUUCUCCUGGAUGUGGCUCCACUUACCCUUGGUAUCGAAACUGUUGGUGGAGUGAUGACCAAGUUGAUUCCAAGGAACACAGUCAUCCCAACCAAGAAAUCACAAGUAUUCACCACAUACCAGGAUCAGCAGACCAUUGUAUCCAUUCAGGUCUUCGAAGGUGAAAGGAGUCUCACAAAGGACUGCAGAUUGCUUGGGAAAUUUGAUCUCAGUGGAGUUCCUCCAGCUCCAAGGGGCACCCCCCAAAUUGAGGUCACUUUUGAAGUUGAUGCAAAUGGUAUCCUUAACGUCAAGGCCGAAGACAAGGGCACUGGUAAAUCAGAGAAGAUCACCAUCACAAAUGACAAGGGUCGUCUGAGCCAGGAAGAAAUUGAACGCAUGGUUCGUGAAGCAGAAGAGUUUGCAGAGGAGGACAAGAAGGUUAAAGAAAAGAUUGAUGCUCGUAACGCAUUGGAGACAUAUGUCUACAACAUGAAAAACCAGAUCAAUGACAAGGACAAGCUUGCAGACAAGCUGGAGUCUGAUGAGAAGGAGAAAAUUGAAACCGCUACCAAGGAGGCCCUCGAAUGGCUUGAUGACAACCAGAGCGCUGAGAAAGAGGACUAUGACGAGAAGCUCAAAGAGGUGGAGGCUGUUUGCAACCCCAUCAUCACUGCUGUGUAUCAAAGGUCUGGUGGAGCCCCAGGUGGUGAAGCAACUGAGGACGAUGAUUCACAUGAUGAACUUUAAAUCUUUUUCAUUGACCUCUGAGAGUGAGCAGGAAGGAGAGGGAGGAUAUAGGCUAGGGUUACUUGAGGAUACUGUAAUUUUUCAAAAUGCUUGAUGGGAAAUUAACCUUCCCGUCCUUGGCAUGUCUUUUUUGAGUAAGAUACAUUUUAUAGAUCUUUCUGUGUUUUGUACUUUUUUGGUUCGUUAUAUUGAUCAACUCAUUUACAUGUUCUUUUAUG